AUGGAAACCGGACUGGGUGACGCGGUGGGCAUGCGCUGGACUGGCGUUCUCCGCAUUGAGCGGAGGGUCUCCCAUGACCUUUGGCUUUGUGCACAGGUUCUCACAGGUACCUCAUGCACCUUGGCCAGUUCCACCGAGUUAGGAGAUGUUCGAACUACGAUCUAUGGAGCCUUGGUUGCGAGCGAGGGCGCGGGGUUUGCCCUUUCAUGUGACCACGACACGAAGAUCGUCCCUAUCCCGCUAUGCUCACCGAUCCCCACAUGUGCCAAAGAGGUCUGUAGUGGCUUGGCUAGCAUGAGUUUGAGCGCUGCUGCACUUGGCAUUGCACCGGUGGCUGCUAUGGACAUCAGCCCACUGGUGACGGCCCACUUGGACAUGAAUGGUCACCAGAAUGUGAUUCUUGGCGAUGUGAAUCAUGAUGCUGAUUUGUAUCGCAUUCAUUGCUGUGGCCCACCCUCAGGAUGCCUGUGGCUUGCAGGCUUCCCGUGUCAGGCCUUCUCACGCCAGGGAGACCGAAGAGGUUUUGAAGACCGUCGUGCCUCCACCUUUUACGGGGUUCUGAAAGGAGCCUGGUACAACCAGGCAGCCAUGGUCAUGUUGGAGUGUGUUGCCGAGGUCAAUCAAUAUGAGGAAAUCCACGAAGGAUUGCAAGCACUGGCUGCGGCCCUUGGACUUAGGCUGCUGACUAAGGUCCUAUCGUUGGAACACACAUGGCCUUGUCGCAGGACUCGAUGGUGGGCUGUCCUGAUUCCACCCCAGAUGAUGUUGACGCAGCUUCAACCUAUGCCUUCCUUUGGCUAUGACUCGGUGGACAAGAUCAUUCCCGUGUGGGGUCGCUGGGCACAGUCUGAUGAAGCUCAGCUUGAACUGGAUGGCCUUGAAUUGCAGCUCUUGCAUGAUCCAUCCAUGGGACAUGAUCAGAGAGUCCUUCAGACAUCCGGCUGCUGUGCAACGUUCCUACACUCGUAUGGCAGCGCACUGGUAGCUUUGUUGCAAACUUUGCCGCCUGAUCUUCGCAUUGCAGAUGACCUGAAGGUAGCGGCGCCUGCUCAGGCGCUUUGGGUUCUGGCGCAAUGCUUCAGCUCUAUGCUUGGUUCGACGGUGGUCCCUGAGCAUGUAUUGCGCUCUUAUCUGGAACGACUUCGGCUUAUGGCACAUCAUACCCUCCCUCAGCAUGGGCCAGAUGUUGUGAUUCGACCACAUGUUGGAGAUACUGCGGAUGCCGAUCUCGUCUUCCUGACCUCCUCAGGCACAUUGGUGAAGGAUAUGCGAGCAGCGAUCAACCGCUGGGACUGCACCCAGGUACACUGGCUACACGACCAAGGUUACGUGGUGCCUGAUCACGCAUUCCUUCAGCACUCCGGACGAGCAGGCAAGUAUGAGUUGGUUACAACGCCAGCAACAGCAAGUAUGCCCUCGGCUACUCAGCUCAUCAAGGUGACGGUCCAAUGUGAUUAUGGUGACCUGCAAGCAUUGUUGAAGGCUGGCAGCUUUGUCUUCCAAGCGUUCUGGCAUUUGCGGCUCCAGGUGCAACCAUGUCGAUACUAUGACAACCAUGGCACCGUCUGGUUUGCUGAUUCACGGGUGUGGGAUGACCUUACCCUGAUUGAGGCACUUCAAAGCUCCAUCCAGCAAAUCACUGCGGAUAAGUUGCCACCUGGUGCAUAUUUGCUGCCGCUCAAAGAAAGCAUGGCUCUUGCUCAGCCAGCGUAUGUUCCUCCAGAGACCAUCAGAUCUGCAUCAGAAGCAUCCUUGCAUUACUUUGAUGGUUUGGCGCAUCUGCUGCAUCCUGAGAUCAAGAACAUUGCCUGCUGGGUCAAGCACCUGUGGGGAGCCCGUCAUGUUGCUAUUCACUAUGACCGUUGCAUCAUUCAAACUCGAGAAGAGGUCAGUGCAGUGAUCGCUCUCGGCCAUCUGGCGUUGACGUGUGGACUACAGUGCAUUCCUACCUGCGAACAGCUGGUGCAAGUCCACCAGGCUCUCCUUCCAGUCUCGCAAGGUACUGUCGAGGAGGAGGAGGUCAUGGUCACAUCAGUCGGCCUGGAUAUGGUCACCCUCCAAGAGGCUAUGGAAGAGGUCAUUGGCAUUGCAGAUGUACCAGUGUGUGCACCUCCGGUGGCCUUAGUUCAUGCAUGGAUGCAAGGGGAUGAAGAUGCCUUGACCGACUAUGUCACAGGCCACAAGCUUGAUGUAUAUAUCGUCACUAGCCUGUAUGGUCUGUCUGACGCAUCACUGGUUCCUUGUGGUGAUGUCAUGUACGGGUGA